AUUAUGGAAAAUGGCGGCUUCCAAAUCGAAAUGGCUUCUUUAUGUCAAAAUGUGUUCAAAUGAUACCAUGUCUUGACUAUAUUGUUUCUUGAAUCAUAUAUUUUCAUGAAGCAAUAUGCCCUAGUAUUAUGAUGACGGACAAAUUCGGACUAGGGAGCGGCCAUGAAGCACGACAAACAAUGAACGGAGACAUUGACGAUGGCCAUGCUCCUCUGUUUAUAUCAACGGAAGAGGAAAGCACUGUGUCAAAGAGGAACAAGACAGUCCACAACUCAACCGAGAAGAAAAGGAAAGAACAGAUCCGAUAUUGGAUUCAACAGAUUGGGGAGCAGCUGCCCCCACUGGUCACCACAAAAUCCGAGAAAGAGAGACAUGGCAGGAGUACUCUGGAAAUUGUGGAAAAAGCUUGCACUUACAUAAAAGAACUGAAAGGGAAAAUUGGAAAUGAUGAGGAGCUACAGAAGGUUAGCAUGGAGCUGGAAAACAUGAGGGCAGAACGAGACAGGUUACAGGAAAUCCUCAAAAUGGCAGGGUAUGCGGCCACCCAGGAGGUUCCACCACAGGGCACCUCGGUCCCCGCCUCAGAAGCCACGGCAGAACAGGAGAAGAAAAAGACCAAGAAAAGGAACACCAUCAACCUUCAGCUAGAGCUGAAAAAGCAACAGGCAGCUGCAGCCCAGCAGCAGCAACAGCAGCAAGAGACCCAGCAACAGCAGAAUGCAGCUUUGGCAACCGGUGCUGCGGGUAUGCAGGAUGUUCUUGCACAGGGUAUUAUGGGUAAUCCCAUGACAAACUUUCCUAACAUGAUGAUAGGUGGUGCUGGGCAGCAACUGAUUAACCAACAGAUGUUUAUGAAUUCCAUGAUGUUUGGUGUGCCCCCUGCUGGUGGCAGUCAGAUGCCCAUGGGAGGUUUACCUGGUCAGACAAUGACUGGACAACAGUCUGAUAAAAAUGCUGCAGAGGCCGGGGCUGGACUUCUCCAACUGGCCAUGCAGGAUGCUGGUAUCACCCCCAGCAGUAACAACAGUGUCCCCCAGACGGAGGACUCAAUCUCCACCUCCUCCUCCGUGCAGCGGUCAAGUGCCGCUGACCAGAGCACGGUCACCUCUGCCCUUCACACCUUAGCAUCGGUAGCCUCUAAUACUCAAAAUGUGACAAACGUUUCUCAGAUCCCUGCCAGUCAGGUUCAGUCCAAUGCUUCAAUGAUUCAGACAGGUGCUACCACGACGACCACUCAGUCGGUCAAUUCCGUGGCACCGAUCAUGGCCACCGGUCAACAGAACUUGAAUGGAACAAACAGUGUGAUGAACAUGCCGUUUGUGAAUGGACAACAGCAGAUGGCUACAAAUGUUAUGCCGGGAAAUCAAAUUGUGAACCCGGGGACAUCCAAUGCCAUGCAGCAGAUCAUGUUCAUCAAUGAACAGGGUGUGCCGUGCAUUGCAAAUGUCCCGAUGGGAAUUGAUCCCGCAUCUCUUGGACUUUCAAAUAUGGGGAAGCAAAUAGUGAGUGGUAAUCUGUUGAUUCAGAAGGACGACCAGCAGACAGUUCUAGCCAACAACUUAGCUCAACAGCAAAUGAAUCUAGCAAUGCAGGGUAUACAACAACAAACUUUUCAACAAGGACAAACAAAUGUAACAAUGGGAGGAAAUAACAUUGUCCAACAGCCAGUGAACAAUCAACUGGCCCUGAAUCAGCAUAUCAUGCAACCCAUGCAGGGCCCCAUCCAGGGCCUCAGUAACCCCCAGAACCCGCAGGGACUCAUCCUGCCGGCAAGCCAAACAGGAAAUCUCCUGACUGUUAAUUCUGUUCCAAAUUUUUCAAAUCCUCAAAGCCAACUUCCACAGGCCUUGCUCUUACCAAAUGGCCAGAUCAUACCAGUUGUUUCCAAUCCAAACCUGUUUGCACCCGGACAGGCUCCAGCAAAUCAGCUGAUUACUCCUGGGGGUCAGCCCAAUGCAAUCCAGCAGGGAGCAGGAAUCCCUCAGCGUUUACCAGUUCCACAAAACAUUGUGCAGCCUGAUGGUUCACAGAUGCUUGUUACAAGUACUGGACAGAUACAGGUGGCUCCUCAGAAUAUGAAUAUUCAAGGGCAAGCUACUGUGCAACAAGGAUUGCUAAUGACAACAAAUUCCAUCCUUCCGCAGGUGUCCCCUUCAACUAGUUCCACGGCGUCCGGGACCACCAGUUUAGUGUCCACAUCCGUCGUCACAAGCACUGUGACCUCAACCUCUGGGGUCACGGUCAACCGAAAGCCAAAGACGUCUGCUAGUGCUACUUCAUCUGCAGAGGAAGUUAUAAUGACUCAGAACCAGGCUAAUCUAGUUCAAACUGGUUUGGACAGUUCCACAUCUGUGACAUCACAAGUGAUGACCUCUGACCCCAACAGUGCUUCAAUGAAGAUAUUGAAUCCCCAGUUACAGAGUGUGUUACAUGGACAGCUGGGAGGGUCCACUGCUCCUAUACUGCUCACAAUGAACUGCAAUGGUCAGCCCACCAGUAUUCUUGUGGACCCAACAACCAUGCAGGUCUUAGGAACUGUGCAAACACAGCAACCUCCUCAGCAACCCAACCUGAAUCCAGCCACUUCUGUCAGCACCAGCACUCCGAGUAAAAAGAGCAAGAAAAACGGACAGCGGGCCAUCUGUCCCAAACCUCAAGUGGCUAACACCUCUAGUGCUAUUACCACA